GAAAAAAGUUGUCAGGUAUCAGACAAAAAAUUGUCAGGUCUCAGUUCUCAAGAAAAAACAUUGGACAUUGGAAUGCCCAGUGCAGUAGCAAAUCGCUCGUGCUUCACUGCACAAGCUGGACCCACAGAGUCUGCUAAGCGUAAGAUUACAAGUGUGCUCCAAAGCUUCCUUUGCCUGUUAGACGUGGGAAUGCUGCAGACCAUCAGGGAGUGUACGGUCCAUCAAGCCCACAGAACAGAGCCGGACUGGAAUUUGUCAGUUCAUGAACUGAUGGCAUUCAUUUCAAUCCUGUUUGUAAGAGCAAUCAUGUGUCCUGUUGGUGCCAUUGUGGAUUGCUGGUCAGAAAGAUUUCUGGUGCCAGUAAUCAAAGAGACAAUGCCCCGAGAUAGAUUCAUUUCAAUUAUGCAACACCUUCGAUUUGAUGACAAGGACACGCGGGCAGAACGGGUGAAAACAGAUAAAUUUGCGGUGAUCUCCGACAUCUGGACACGCUUCAACAAGAACUGUGCUAAGAGUUUCACUCCAGGAGAACACAUGACCAUAGAUGAACAGCUGUUCCCUACCAAGGUUCGUUGUCCAUUCACACAGUAUAUCGCAACCAAGCCAGACAAAUUUGGGAUCAAGUUCUGGAUGGCCACGGACUUGGACACCAAAUAUGUCUGCAGUGCAUCUCCUUACUUGGGAAAAGACCCCAGUCGUCAGAAGGGAGAGAGGCUGGCAGAGAACGUGGUCAUGAAACUGAUGGAGCCGUUUUUGGAUGAUGGGAGAAACGUCACAACAGACAAUUUCUUUACUUCACUGUCACUGUCGCACAGACUGCUGCAGCGCAAAACGCCGUUAUGGGGCACGGUGAAUAAAGUCUGGCGUGAACUUACUCAACUUGUGCGGAUGUAUUCCAUAAGAGCAGCAACAUGCAGGUGGUCAGUAGCGGUUUUCUACAAUAUGCUGGACCUGUUGGCGGUGAAUGCCUACAUUUUGUACAAGGCAUGUACAGGGUGGACAGGCAAAAGAAGAUUGUUUCUGAGUCUUCUAGCUCAGGAACUUCGUUGCCGAUUCAUGUAGCACAAGGAAAUAUUAGCACAGACGCAGGCUGCUGAAGCUGCUGCAGCUGCUGUGCCAGGGACUGUAAAGACAACGCAGUGCCAGUGGAAUUUACGCAAAUUUGCGCAGGGCUAGUAAAUCUAGUAGUAGGGACUCGCACCAGGGGGAAAAAAAGGCUCAGUAAUUCUAGUGUUAAGGUGUGAAACAGCUGUGUACUGCCUUUUGUUCCUGGAGAAGGUAUUUAACUGAGAGCCAUGCUAGGCUCAGGGAGACUCUGCUGACCGUCUGUCCCGCGGUCAUGCAGGGACUUCAUCAAGCUUGGUUGUCUGUUCUUUGUGUGUUUGAUU